AUGGACCCUCGGGACAAGCGGAGCCACAGGGAGAUGGAUGCAGAUGAAGAGCCCAGCUUGCACCUCAGGCUUCUCAUACCCGUGGACAAGGCCGGCGCCGUGAUCGGAAAGGGCGGGGCGCACAUAAACGCCAUCAAAGACAGCAGUGGCGCAAGGGUACACAUAGACAAGCCGGUGCACGGCUGCCAGGAGCGCGUCGUCAACUUCGAGUCGCGCUGCACCGUGACCCCCGGCGCGUCGCGCUGCCCCGCCCAGGAGGCCCUACUCCUGGCCCUGGACCGCGCCACCAGCGAGGAGCUGCCCGGCGGCGGCGUGAAGCCGCCCGACCACGCCGCGGCCCGCCUGCUCGUCUUCCGGCGCGAGAUCGGCGCGGUGCUCGGCCCGCGCGGCGCGGCUGCCAACGGGGUGCGGGCGGAGACGGGCGCCAUCAUUCGGAUUGAGGACGACGCGGGGGCGGCGGGGGGCGCGCCGGCCGCGCUCCCUGAUGACAAGCUCAUCAAGAUCCACGGCCCCUACGCGGCCGUGCGCCGCGCCGUCGAGCUCAUCAGCGAGCGCAUCCGCGCGGUCCAUGCCGAGGGCACCAUAUCACGCGCCAGAAAGCGCGGCCGCACGGGCGUGACACCGCCCCUGCUGCCUGGCGCCGCGCCGGCGCAGGCGCAGCCGAUGCUGGCGCAGCAGCAGCAGCAGCAGCAGCAGCAGCAGCAGCAGGCGCGGCCCGCGCAGCGCGUGCGGCCGAUGGUGCCGCAGCACAGGGUGGCACCAAUGGGUGACACCCGACGCGGCUGCUGGGCAACCGGCGAGGGCGGUGCUGCCGACUAUGGCCAGCCCAUCGAAACCGACAGCUUUGGCGGUACCGGCAGCACGUUCAGCAGCCAAAGCCCCGCCUUCAGCUGGGCCGGCCAACCCCAGCACCGCGGCGGCAGCGGCGCCGCUGGUGGUGACCCCGGCAUUCUGGCAGCGCUGCCGCCUUGCUUGCGGCAUCUGCUGGCUGGCAACCCCUCCGCAGACGUGCGCGGCCUGGAGGGGCCGGUCACCACUGAAUUCCGGCUGCUGGUGCCGGCUAAGAAGGGGGGCCUCAUCCUCGGCCGGAAGGGCGCGGUGAUCCGCCUGAUACGCGAGCGCUUUGGGGCCAAGCUCAACCUGCCCGAGGCGGCUGCUGGGGCGCAGGAGCGCGUGCUGCAGGUGCGCGACGUCCUCGGCGCCAUCGCAGUGGAGGCUGGCCCGCUGAAGCGACUGGCGAGGCAUCCGGCGCGUUGCUGCCAACCACUGGCUGCGGCGCCAGCUGCGAGGGCCGUUGGCAGGACGAUGGCCACGGGCAACAGUGUAACGUCGACAGAGGACGUGCGGGACCCUUGCUCCAGCGCGAUGGACGCAGUGGCGCACUGCGCAGACCUGCUGCUGCGGGACGACAGGGGCGCCGGCAGGCAGGACCAGCGGCCAGGCUGCAGCCGCGUGCGCCUGCUGCUGACUGAGGGGCAGGUUGGGGCCGUGUUGGGCGUCAGGGGGGCCACCAUCCAGUGA